AUGUUGUAUGACAGCAGAACAAAAGAGAUUAAGGAGAAAAAAGAAUCUAUUUAGAAUUAACAGACGAAUCUAAUUACUUUUAAGUAGAAGUCAAUUUAAUUUGAUAAAUAAGCAUCUUAACAAUAAAUUCAAGAUAAUAUUCUUCGUUCUCCAGAUGGAGAAUAUCCUGAUAUAUAGAAUAGUCCUAUAAUUAUGGAUUUAUAAUGUAAUGAAGAGGAUGAUGUUCUUGCAUAAAUGUAUUUUUUAAUAUAAUUUUUAGGGCUUGGAUCCAUAAUUAAUCCAUUUUAGUUUACAAUCAAAACUUUGAAAUAGUUUAUUAGAAUUUUUUCUUAGGAAAACUCAAUAAAAAUUAAAAUAAAGGAUUACAAAUUGAUUAUGAAUCAACUUUCUUGGAAUCUAUAAUCGAAAUAGGAAGUCGAGAAGUUAAUGAUCUAUUUGGAAAUUCUGAAAUUGAUUUAGAUUAAGAUAAGUAAUAAUAAUAAAUUAUAUUAUUUCAUAGUUCCUUGUUUUUGGAUAAUACAGUUCAUAGUAGAUAUAAAAUAAAGGGUGGAUUACAUAAGAUUAAAUAAAUGAUAGGUCAAUUAUAUAACAAUUAUUCAAAGUAAUUUAAGAAUUAAUUUUUAGAUGGAAAUUCUUUACAUUCACUCUUUUUAAGAUUAAAAAUGAUGAAUUAGAUUUUGAUAAUUUGAAUAUUAAAGUAUUAGUUACAGAAGUGAAAUCAAAAUUAUAUACACUAUUUAUGUUUGAACCUAUUCAAAAAGCAAAUUCAAAAAGAGUAUUAGAUGAACCUCUUUAAUUUCAGAAUGUAUUCUAAACCUUUUUAUCUGAAUCAAACAAUUAUAUUAAUGCUAUUCAUUUGUUGAUUUUAUUAUGUUCUCAUGAUAUAGAAAAGAAUAAUGGAAAAGUCUAGAAAGAUUAUCUAAAGUAAAUGCGUAUGAGCACUUAAAAAUUCAUGAUGUUCUUAGGUACUAUGAAGGAUUUGACAUUAUAAUUAACAAAUUAGCUUACAUUUCGUAAUUCAACAUUUAAAAUAACUGAUAUUUUGGAUGAAUUAUAACUUAUAUAUGAUGAUUGCUUAAAAAUAAAGGAGAUCUCUAUAAUUCCAAUUAUUGACUAAGAUAUGCUAGUAUAUAAUGAUUCUGAAAGAGUAAUAUUAAUAUUAAUUGAUAUGAUAGACUAAACAAGUUUUAAAGUGUCUAUUUGAAAUUGCUAUAAAAUACACAGUCACUUAAAAAAUUAGAAUUGACAUACAUUAAGUUUCACCAAAUAACUAUUAAUUUUAAAUUAAAGAUAUUCCAUUUAGAGAUGAGAUUUCUUAAUUAGGUUAUUCAACUGUAUUAAGGAAUACAGCUUAAUUGAUGAAGACAAAUUGUAAAGAUUUUGAUAUGAGUAAUCUCUUGGAAUUAUAGGUUUCUGCAAUGAUAGCAUUUUUAUUAUCUGGAUCAUUAAGAAAAUCAUUAGAAUUAACAUUUGAUAAUCAUAUGUCAGGAACAUUUACAUUUACUGUUGAAUCACUUCCAAUUAAUAGUAAAUAAGCAUACUAUGCUUAAUAAAUGAAACCUAAAAGACCAUUUGAAACAUCUUUAUCUAUGUUAUUAGCAUAAGCUUAAGAUAGCUCACAUUAUAAAAAUGAAGAAUCAAAAUAUAUGUCAUUUACUUAAAUAUCCAAACAAUAUUCAUUAAAACCUGACACACCCUUUGAUUUAUAAAGUGCUCACUUUUCAUAAAUAUCAAAAAUCAAAUAAGAAUCACCUUAGAUAAAACCAUUGGGAUCUCAACAUUAAAGCAAUUCAGGUGGAACUAAUAAAUUUUAAGAUUCUUUAUUUCCUAAAAGUUUAAAUAACAAUCCCUCUCGAGUUGUCAAAAGUGAUUCAGGUGUUAAUAUUUCAUCUAAACCUCCAACUAGUACUUUGGAUUUUGGAGAUAGUACUAAUCCUAAUCUUGAUCCUCCUGAAUUAAGUCCAAAAUUUUUACAUUCUGUGAUAAAAUUUAAACUUACGAAUUAAUGUUGUUCAAAAGUUAUUAUUGCUGAUAAUGAUUACUUAAAUGUUUAGGUUCUGUAGAUUUUAUUAAAUAAAUAUGAAGUUAGAUCAGAUAAAGCCUUUACUCAAUAAUAAACAUUAUAACUUAUAAGAAAUAAAUAAGAAAAUCCUUGCAGAUGUAAAAAUGGAGCAUACUUAUUAUAUUUCAUAGAUGCCUAUUUACCUGUAUCUAUUGUAAUCUAUAUUAGUAAUCAGGAGUAGAAUUAAUCAAAGAAAUAAAAGGUUUAUUUAGAACUUAGUAAGUCGAUAGAGGCUUCAUAAUUGCAAUGGCUAGUUAUAGUGAUAUGGAACUUAAAUUAAAUUGUUUUAAUUCAGGAAUAGACUAUUUUAUUGCCAAGCCUUUUGAUCUAUUUGAAUUAUCUGCUAUCCUCCAAUAUAUAUAAUUUUGA